UUGGGUGCAUGCGCGGCGGCGUCACGUGCCCGCGGCGUCCCGGGGGUGGCGGCGAGCGGAGCCCAGCGGCACCAUGGCGGUGCCGGGCGGAGGUGCGAAGGAGGACUCGUUCAACGUGCUGGACCUGGCAGAGUACACCAAGAACCGGCCCUGGUGGCGCAAGAUCUUCGCCCCCAGCUCAGGGUCGAGCGCUGAGAAAUACAACGUGGCCACGCAGCUGGUGAUCGGAGGGGUCACGGGAUGGUGCACCGGAUUCAUCUUCCAGAAAGUCGGGAAGCUGGCAGCAACAGCAGUGGGAGGUGGCUUUUUCCUGCUUCAGAUUGCAAACCACACAGGGUACAUCAAAGUGGACUGGAAGCUCGUGGAGCGGGACGUGAACAAAGCCAAGCAGCAGCUGAAGUUCCACAGCAGUGGCAACAAAAUGUCUCCAGAAGUGAAAAGCAGAGUGGAUGAGGUGAUCAUAUUUCUGAAGAAGAAUGUUAUCCUGACUGGAGGAUUUGCUGGAGGAUUCAUGCUUGGAAUGGCAUCCUAGAAACUGCACUCAACUUUCAUGCCCAGCCUCCCCUGCCCUCCUCCUCCUCUACUGCUGUUCUCUCUCACUUAGAAGUAAAAGGAUGUCUCUGACAGGCUCAGUCCCUUCUGCUCACAGGUUCCAGCCCUUUUUUCUUUACAGUGCUGUUUCUGAUUUUCAGCAUUUUCCUCUGUCUGAGCUGGUAGAGUGCUGGGAUCCCAUCUGGAAGCUUAUUACUCCCAGUGUAUUGUUGUGAUUCUUUUCCCCACCAAGUAUGAGGAGUUGCAGCCUCAUAAAUGUGUGGUGGCAGAGAAAUCUCUUGAAUGUGUUCUUCCCAGGUGCUCAAGGCUCUUCAAUGGACAUUUGUCUGCCACUCUCUGGUGUAAAACAGCUGUCAGCUGCUCACUGCUGUUUAGCUUGCACUUUUUCUACCCCUGUGCUUCCCUCUUCACAGAGAUGCUAUGUGCAAUCCAAAAUGUGCUUGGCUGUCCUAGGAUGGAUGCAGAAGUGUCAGGGGACAGUCUGAGUUGUGUCCAGAGCAGGUGGAUAAAGAGCAAGUUCGUGCUACAUGUGGUGCUGGGGGUUCUCCUGCCCUCCCCCUGCCAUUGCACUGCACAUAGAUGGCUGUUUGGCUUCUCCUCUGCUAUUAUUUAUACUCCUUACUGGAACUGCAGCACUGCUGAUGGAAACUGAGCACCAUGAGUGACACUUCAGGCCCUUUCAUCAUGUGUUCUGAAAGUCACCCAAGCUUCCUGCACUGUACAGCGCCUUUCUUGCUUGCCAGCUGACUGCCCAGCUCUUUGAGUGUGCUGAGGUGCUCUUUUGGUGGGCAGCCUUCCAGCAUGCUUGGCCUGUUUGUGCCAGGCUAGCUGGCACAAGCUCUUCCACUUACUAUAAACCACCCUGGGCCUCAGACUGGUGUUUCUAGGCUUACUGUGACCUUCUCUGGCCAGUUUGGUGUUGGUGAUGUUUUAGAGCUGUAGCUGUAUGGGACAGGAUUGUAACCAGGAGACCCCUCUUUAGGGUAUAUUGUACUGGUCCAGGCUCUCUGUUGCCAGCUCUGCUGGAAUGGUGGUGGGAGAGGAUGUGAAACCUGGAGUGCUGUCCUUGACCCUCCUGCAGGGGAUGAGGCAGCCCAGAUGCAGACCUCAGCUGGCUUUGGGCAGUGCAGCUGUGUGCAGAGCAGAACUUUGACCCCACCAGAGCAAAUGAUAAACAAACAAAUCCCUUGGAGGUGUUGUGCUCUGGCUGUGCUGUGCUGGCAUUCCAGCUUCCCAGAGAGUGGGCACUUGCAUGAUGAUGUCCUCCAGAAGGUACAUGCAGGAGCUUUCCCAUGAAUGUUUUGUUGUGCUGGUUGGUUGGUUUGGGUUUCAUUUCUCACUGCAGUGGGAAACAUGCUGGGGAAUGAUGCUGCACAGGGGUGAUGGGGAUGCAGCACCUGGCUCAGGGCUGCACCCCGUCUCCGGUGCCGUGUAAUGCUUUCUCCUCUGCUGCUUGGGCUGCACUGCUACAAACAGGAAACUUCCCCCAAGAGCUGCAGGAAGAGCUGGGGCUGGGGCUUAUUACACCGGAGGCUGAGUUGUUACUUUGCUUCAGUUCUGCUGGCUGAAGUGUCAGUGUAGCAACACUUUGACUUAGCUGAGGUUUUCCCACCUUUAGGCUGCAGGCGAUCGUGAGACAGAAGUUGGUGUCUUUGCUCCUGUCCUGCUGCACAUGGCCAAGGAGAGCAAAGGAGCAGCUGAGCUCAUGGUCCUUUUAAUGAUCUUCCUAAAAGCCACCCAGCACUGCAGGAGUGGUGUGUUGCAGCAAAUAGGUCUAAAGUAAAGGAGUGUUUGGGAGUGGAGUGACGGACGGCGGUGGUGGGUUUGUUCUUUCUGUGGGCUUUGAACCCUGCAGGGCUGAAUGUGCAUGAAUUGAUGCCUUUGUGUUGCAGGGCAUUUCAUGUUCCUGUAGGAAAACAGCAUUGCUGCCCCUCUGCCUGGUGUGCUGUGUAACACAACUUCUUCUGAGAUGCACUAAUCCCUACAAAGCCUUCUCCAACGCCAAAGCUCAAAGAGAGUCAUUAACAGGCCCUAGGGAUGCUUUUCAGGCUCAGAUAAAUCACUUUUUCUGCUCAGCCCCGGGGAAAUGUGUGCUGGGUUCUGUUCCACGGGGUCCCAGCUUGCUGCUGUGGAGAGGAAUGGCCCAGAGAGGGAGCUAAGACACCUCAGUUGCUGCUGGAAAGGGAAACAAAUGACAAGAUCAUGGUGAGUUCGAUGGGUCUGCAGGCAGGGAAGGGACAAGGACAUCAGGAUCUGGCAAAUCUUUCUGCUGUGGCAGUGUGUCAGGCUCAUGGCUGGCACCAUUUGAUGCCGUGGGCCCACACUGGAAGCUUUGAUGCUGAAUCCACCUCUGUGGGGAUGCAUUUUCAUUGUUGCAGGUGCCAAGAUGAGAUGUUGCCCCCCAGCCCUCCCCUCCCCUCCCCUCCCCUGCUCCUUUUGGUCUUGUUUCAACAACUUCUGGCAUCUGUUACAGUAUGAGAAGGUGUAAAUCACACGAGGCUUUUCAGGUGUUUUUAUAUCUUGUGUGUAAAAUGCUUGUUGAAGUGGUAUUUUAUUAAACAAAUUUGCUCUAAUAGCUUCUGUGUGAAGUCUGAUCUUGGG